AGCUCAGUGAUUACAAAGUUAUUUUGAAUUGAAAGUGGUUUGCUUGCAGUGGUUUGUUUCUCUUGAUGUCUGGUCUGACUGAAUUUCAAUUGAUUGUUUACGAUCUGAUUUAUGUGUUUUUGUUGUCGCUACGUAAUUAAUAAUAUUGUUAUCUAUCGUAUGUUUACUCCUAUCAGCGUUAACCUCUCGUAGCCGCAACUUAUAUUGUCGUACGAGACUCGACGUCAGUCUCACACCAUUUAUUACAUCGAUCGUUUGUCUAAAUUACGUAAAAACAAAAGGAAACCAGUUUCGCGAACUUUUCUGCUCAGUUCUAUUAGAUUGCUGCAUGAUUCGGACGCCAAAAAUAUUUAACAUAAAAUGUGCGGUAUGAAAUUAUUUUUAGGUUUUCUAUUUACAUACUGUUUCCUGGCGCAGAAUUCUUUUGGUUUAUCACCGGUUAUUUUAAUUCCAGGCGAUGGUGGGAGUAGAUUGGAAGCGAAAUUGAAUAGGACUACAGUUGUUCAUUAUAUCUGUGGCAAAAUAUCGGAUUACUUCAACAUUUGGCUGAACCUUGAGUUGCUGGUGCCUAUUGUCAUUGACUGUUGGGUGGACAACACCAGGCUAGAGUAUGACAACGUCACGAGAACCACGAGGAACCCUCCAGGAGUGGAGAUCAAGGUGCCAGGCUGGGGGGACCCAGAGACUGUGGAAUGGAUAGACCCGUCCCACGAGUCUCCGGGGGCCUACUUCAAUAGCAUUGCUGAUGCUUUGGUCAAGAUUGGUUAUGUCCGGAAUGUGUCCAUCAGGGGAGCUCCAUACGACUUUAGAAAAGCCCCAAACGAGAACGGAGAAUUCUUCAUCAAGCUCAAAACCCUGGUAGAGGAAGCGUACACCACAAACAACAAGACAGCUGUGACGCUGCUGGUGCACAGCAUGGGCGGCUCCAUGGCGCUGCACUUCCUGAGGCUGCAGACGCAGGCCUGGAAGGACCAGUACAUCAGGCGGCUGGUGUCACUGUCCACGCCCUGGGGCGGCUCCAUGAAGGCUGUCAAGGUGUUCGCUAUAGGCGACGACCUCGGCUCGCUGAUGUUGCGCGAGAGCAUAAUGCGCACACAGGAGAUCACGUGUCCGUCGCUGGCGUGGCUCAUGCCGUCGCCGUUGCUGUGGAAGCCCAACGAGGUGCUCGUCCAGACCGACAAGUAUAACUACACCAUCGGAGAUGUUCAAAAGUGGUUCACUGAUAUGGAGCUGCCGGACGCGUGGGAGAUGUUCAAGGACACGCAGGCCUACAAGAGCGACUUCACGGCGCCCGGCGUCGAGGUGCACUGUCUGUAUGGGUACAACAUCUCUACUGUUGAGAAACUAGUUUACAAGCCGGGCACGUGGCUGGACGGGUACCCGACGCUGUCGCUGGGGGACGGCGACGGCACCGUGAACCGGCGCUCGCUGGCCGCGUGCCAGUACUGGGGCAGGCCGCGCCUCAACCGGGGCAAGCCCGUCAAGGCGCUGGCCCUCGCCAACGCCGAACACCUGAAGAUACUCCACGAUCCCCGGGUCAUUGAUUAUGUUAACACCGUCAUGGCUUUUUGAGGUUAGUUGUGCGAUGUAUUUAUUUUGAAGUGAAUAUUAUAUUAUGUUAUGAUAUAAUGUUGUCCGAGAUUGUAAUAUGCGUUGUGAAUACGAUCUUUAACUGAUAAGUUUUUUAAUAAGGAGGGUAGUGCAAUUAUCUCAAUUCUAGCGAAGCUGUGGACAAAGUCUCGUUCGGUUAAAAUUCCAGUGUAACAGAUUAUUUUGUGAGGGUAGAUCUAAUAAUCGUGACGUGAUCAUCACCUUUCUCUAAGCAUCUUGCGCCGUAGAGGAUUGAAGCCCAAGUUCCAUUUCACAUCUUUUCAGUCUUUGGCAUCCUAAAAGGUAGGUUUAGACGGAGGAUAUUUUUAGCCAAUAUAAAAAUAAAUAUUUAAAUAGGCGCUGGGAUAGCGAGAAACACGGGCGGAGGUCACUAGCGCCAAAAACAUCGGCGCGUGUUCUAUUCCGUGCCAACGCUGGCGUGUCGCGAAAAAACGGCCCUGAAAGUGUUUAUAUGGUGCCUUUUUAAGGCGCCGUAAUUUAGGCGGCUGAAAAUAGUCUCCGUCUAAACCUACCAAAUCGUCAGACUAUUCAACAAACCAGCUCUUUUUGAAAAUCAUAACAAUAACACAAUUUUUAUAUCCAUUUAAUUUAUUCUAUCAACGGACUUAUUGCACCAGCCGUUAAUUAUUUUUGUUAAUAAUCAAUAGCACCAUACGUUUAAUUAUUUUUGUUAAUAAUCAAUAGCCGGUUAUCACCAUAUCGACCUUUCCUCUAUAGCCAUAGAGUAUACAUUUUCGCAUAUUUUUCGCGGCUUACUAAUAAAAUAUGAAAUCCAAAAAUAAAUUAAGUUUCUUUACAAGCAUUUAAACAUAUCAAUUCUUUGUCACUUGAACAAAUAAUUUCCAUUCAUUUAAAAUGGUGUUUUGUGAUAUCCAACAGUGGAAUUUUACUUGUGAUGGAUAUCAUAUAAAUUUUGGUGCGUGUUUUUUUUUUAUAAGAGUCAUUCUUGCCUUACCUAGCGGUAUUACAAUUAUUACCUACCGAAUUAUUUACAAUAGUUUCGUAAGGAAUCAGUAUGAAACAUAUACAAAACAUAAUAUGCUAUUUUAAAAUAAAACAAUUUUUGUUUAUAAGAACAAAUAUUUACAAAGACCUAAUCUUCUUCAUAGUCGUAUUCCUCAUGUCUGAGGGUCGUGGUUAUUACGUGGAAUGAAACACACACAACAACUUUCUUGGCAUUAUUAAUGGAUUAUGUAUGGAGAGAAUGUAUGUGAAAUGGAGAAGGCAAUAAGUUAAUAAGAAUCAACCAGUGUGCAGGUUUCCUCACGAUGUUUUCCUUCACCGGACCUUAUAUACUGUAAGAGUGAAUACACUGAAAAGACCUCAUACACUGUAUUUAUUUGGUUGCACAUAGAAUGUAUAACAAUACUUGUGGUCAUAAUUACUAAAUUAGAUUUCUUGUACAUUCUCUCCAUUAAGUAAUUUAUAUUUCUAGGUUUAUAAUGCCCGAACGUAUUUCUGUGAAUAAUAAAUGUAUUUGAUAUUCGUGGACGAUAUUGUUAACUCGGCUAUAGCAGAACACAGAUUUUAUUACAAAUUAAGAAUUAUAGAAAAUCAAAUCUUUAGUUCGCGAUUGCACGUUGGCGAAGUUCAGCUUUAUCCUCCUACAUAUAAAGCUCAAAUUGUAAAGCUACAGAAUAAUGCCGAAAAACAUUGUCUCAAUAAUUUACAGCAUGGCUGUAACUUGCCAACGGGAAAUUCUAACGCGACGUAAUAAUAACACUUGUGUGAACACGGCCUUACAUUGUUAUAUUCUGAACUUCCACGGCUGUGAUAUAAGCUCUCUUUAUAUUUUAUUGUAUUUUAUAUGUCAACAUAUUUCACUGAAGAAUGUAAUCUAAUGUAUAAAUGUGAAAGUGUUUGUUUGUCCGUCUUUCGCAUCAAAACAGAGCAAAUGGAACGAAGUGAUUUUUGGUGUGGACAUAGUCGGAGAGCUGGAGAGUGUCAUAGGCUACUUUUUGCCGCGGAUGGAGCCGCGGGCAAAAGCUAGUAGUAUAUUUCCCUCUUUAAAUCAUUUACUGAAUAGUUUAUAGCUAAACCAGGGUAGGACACUAGUCUGCAUUGAAAUAAGUUUAAAAUUCUGUUAUAUAAGCCUUAAAGUCUAAUGGGAUUCAAUUAUAUAUUAUUUUUUCUCAUUCUGUACAUAAAGCCAUAUGAAUUGAGGGCACUAAAAUAUAUCGCCCAUUUGUUUCAAUAUUUGAAAAGAUGUGUAUAUUUACUCUUAGGCAAUUCAAAGGAACUCAUUGUUAUAUUUUAAUUUUUCCCAUAACAUAUUUACUAACGAAAAUCGCUAGUUGAAAUGCCAACCAAUAGUUUUAAGAAAUAAAAGAAUAUAGAAAUAAA